AAAAAAGAAAACAAGCUCCGCAAGUUUAGCCGCGCAUUUCUCCUUCCGGCAAGCCGCCGUCCGUUAGGGCUAUAAAAGAGUCCGGUGGCCGAGGGGGGAGGCUGUCCCUGCCGGCAGGCCCCGGUGUGGCCCCGCCAGGCACGGCGGCUGUCAGCAGGAGUCGAUGAGAAGCGCCAACAGGGUGAGCAGAACUGAGAACUGACGUUGCUCGUAACGAACAGGUAAGUUUCCUUCCGCUUGAAGAUGCCGCUCUUUGGGAAUAUUAUUGUAAUUAAGCGGAAUGGGACGGACGGGAUUGCUUUUCCACUCACUGCAAGUUCUUGUUUAUUUGGAAGGAGAACAGAAUGCGAUAUUCGCAUCCAGUUGCCUCAGGUCUCGAAAGAACAUUGUAAAAUUGAAGUAAAUGAAAACAAAGAGGCAAUAUUGACUAAUUUAAGUACAGUAAAUCCAACACAGCUGAAUGGUGGUUGUUUUCAGCAACCUGUGCCUCUGAAGCAUGGAGAUGUGUUAACUAUUAUUGAUCGUUCUUUCAGAUUUGAAUAUCCUCUCCAAUCAACUCCAAGAAAGAGGCGUUCUAGAUCUCCAAAAGCUGAAACGCUGCAGGUUCUUCAUGUUCAGCAGGUGGCAGAGGUGGAAUUGUCACGCAAACAAACUUCAGGAUCUAAAAGUCUUCCUGCUUCAGAUAAUGGUGAGUGUGAAGGAAAAAAUGCCAAUGAAAAUAAGCAAAACACAGAGGAAAAUAUUUCCAAAUCUGUACCCAUCAAACUACAAACACCCAAAUCUUCACACAGAAUACAUCAAUCUGCUAGAAAGCAAAAUGAACCAUCUCCUUUUAGUGAACUCUAUGAAAAACUGAGACGUGAGAUUAAAGUGAAGAAACCUCUGCAUGAGGGAAACGAAUCCCCAAAAGCUGCAAAAGAAGAUGGUAGGAGAGUUCUGCCAGAACCAGGUGCUCGAAUUUCAUCAUCAAGUUGUGUUUAUGAUUUGGGAAGCCAGGCUGAAAAAGAACUAGACAGAAGUGAAAAUGUGGAAGAAUGUAAAAGAAAAGUAGAGCCAGAUGUGAUCUGUUCAGAACUUAAUCGGAUCUCAGCUGUAGGAAGUGCUGCCAGGAAGAGUUUUACCAGAAGUCCUCGAAUUUCUGGUUCAAAGGAGGUGUCAAGAAAUACUGGUAAAAGAAGUGACGUGCAGGAUCAUAGGGAGCCCAGUACAGCAGGGAGAUCUAAAGAUGCUGAAAUUACACCCAAAGCCAGUAAGGAAAAGGAUGGAAAUGCAGCAUUUCCCCGGCAGCUGUGCACUAUACAGCGCUUGGAUUAUCCAGAUAAAAUACCCAGCUCUGCAAUAGCGUUCGGUAAGCCAGCACCAACAACUAACACAGCAAAUGUUUCUGGAGUAGAUAAAUAUGUUCUGUCUACACCAACAUCCAGAAGGAAGAGUCUUCGGUCUCAUUUCACAUCACCUACCAAGGAAACCACUGGAGUGAAUCCUGUAAAUACCGAUACCCCAACUCGACGAGGUGUGUCAUUGAAACCUGAGUCUGUUUCAGAAAUUUCAGCCGAAACUCAAAGGGAAGAUUUGGUGUGGAGAAGUGAGAGCCCCAAACAACUGCCUUUGACAGAAAAGAAAUCCUUGAAACAGAGAAGAAAUAGUAAACAACGUACACUAGGAAAACUUGUGCAAGACGAAGUGCCAAAAGAAAUUCACGAUCAGGCAAAUUCUGUUAACUCAAAAGAGGGACAUCCUGAAACUCCUGCCAGUUAUUGUAACUCCAAGAGUCCCAGAAGAAAUAACAGGCAAAGUCAAGAAUUAUCAAACAAAAGCUCAGAGAAACUGGCUUGGGAAGGGUUAACACCAGAACUGGCAUCUCCUGCCAGUCAGAAAUCUGGCUCUGGAAGAAAGAGGAGUCGGGCACGACGGAGCUCUGGGCUGCAAACCGGGGAGGCAAACGCUGGUCAAGAACAUCACGACACGACCACAGACAGAAAAGACGGCGGAACUAAAGAGGAGGCGGCCACAAAGGGGGAUCUUCAGAGACAAGAUGCGGAAGAUGCUGGUGUUACAGGACUUCGUCGGUUGUCAUCAAAGAGAAGGUCAUCUGGAAGCGUGCCUGUUCCCAAAGACAAUGUGGCUGCCUCCGAAAUGAGCAUUUCUGGCCUGUUGGCUGGAGAAGAAUCAGGCCAGACGAAAAGCAUCUCUCAGAAGAGGAAAAGCCUGGAUUUGUUACUUCAGCCAUUAGGAAAAAGAAAGAGGGUGUCUUUUGGUGGUCAUUUAAGCCCAGAACUAUUUGAUAAAAGUUUGCCUCCCAACUCGCCCCUGAAGAGAGGGGCGACUCCUGCAAGACAGAGCGUUCCCUUCGGAAACUCGCCACGGGCUGUGCUGAAAAAGUCUCAGGGAUCGAAGCUUUUUGUGGCCCAGGAACUUUCUGAACACUCACAGAAAGAAAAAACAUCACCAAAAUAUUUACCAACCCAGAAGUCCCCGGCUGCCUCAUCCCCCGUCUCUGGGAAGGCAACACCUACAUUUGCUUUAGAUUCUCCAGCAACUUACACAAAAGGACGUUUCUCCAUUUGUUGCAUCACGGCACCGUUACCGAUUGCAGAGGAGAAAGAUGCUGUUGCAGAAGACGUGAAUACAAAGGGGAAAAACGGUGCUCAAGUGAAAACACCUAAAUCUUCUCCCAUGAACCAACAUGAUAAAAGCAUUUUGACGGCUACACCUGACAAGCUAACGAGAAGUGCACAAUUUGCUUUGAAGGGCACUCCCCUGAAGAGGAGAAGUGGGGCUGUAGCCAUUAUCAACGCAAAAAGAAGAAGUGGGGCCUCUAGUGCCAAUCUACUAGUUGCCAAAUCUUGGGCAGAAGUGGUAAAAUUAGGUGUUGCAAGACCACAGUCAAAGACUGUUAAAAAAAGUGUCCGAAAAGGGAGAUCUGUGAAGAAGAUAACUAAAUCACCAAAGACUCCAGAAAGAAAAAUCAAGAGUCAUUUUAGCACAGGUCACGCAGAGUCACCUGCUACAAUAGUUGUAGGUAGAGCUUAUUCCACCACCGUCAGAACGGCUGGACGCGUCCCUAAGGUGAUAAAAAACCCUAUUUUGAAGUUAAACAUGAACAUGGACGAAAGCUUCACAGGAAUGACUGAAAUGUUUCAAACUCCAGAAGAUAAGAGUGGAAAAACGUUACCUUUGGCCACUGUUCAGAAGGCUGAUUUUACGCCGACAUGUACUGCGAUGGAAAUGUCUGACUUGCACACUCCUGAAGAAACUGGAGAGAUGAUGGUGUCACCGUUAAAUAAUUCAGAUGCUUCAGAACAGAAACAAGACACUCCGGGCUUUUGUCACUUCCUGGGAGAGAAGUCUCUAAAGUCUGUGUUUGAUGCAAUAGCCACAAAAACUCCUGAAAAAGGAAAAGCUGUGCUGGAAGAAAAUAUCAGUGUGGAUAGUCUGACAGUUCCAGAUGAGCAUGUGACUCGGGUGAAAUCGGGAAGGAAAAGGAGGACCCCGAAACAGAACUUGGAGCCUGUAGAGGCCUUGUCAGGCAUCAAGGAGCUCAUGAAGACGCCGAAGCAAAGAGCGGAACCAGUAGAGGCCUUGUCGGGCAUCAAGGAGCUCAUGAAGACGCCGAAGCAAAGAGCGGAACCAGUAGAGGCCUUGUCGGGCAUCAAGGAGCUCAUGAAGACGCCAAAGCAAAGAUUGGAACCAGUAGAGGCCUUGUCGGGCAUCAAGGAGCUCAUGAAGACGCCAAAGCAAAGACUGGAACCAGUAGAGGCCUUGUCGGGCAUCAAGGAGCUCAUGAAGACCCCAAAGCAAAGACCAGAACCAGUAGUGGUCUUGUCAGGCAUCAAGGAGCUCAUGAAGACCCCAAAGCAAAGGUCAGAACCUGUAGAGACCUUGUCGGGCAUCAAGAUGCUCAUGAAGACCCCCAAACAAAGGCCAGAACCGGUAGAGACCUUGUCGGGCAUCAAGGAGCUCAUGAAGACCCCCAAACAAAGGCCAGAACCGGUAGAGGCCUUGUCAGGUAUCAAGGAGCUCAUGAAGACUCCAAAGCAAACAUCAGAACCGGUAGAGGCCUUGUCAGGUAUCAAGUAUCUCCUGAGGACACCAAAGCAAAAGUCAGAGCCAGUUGAGGUCCUAUCAGGCAUCAAGCGGCUCAUGAGAACCCCACAGCAGAAAGCAGAGCCAGUCGAGGUCCUAUCAGGCAUUAAGAAGCUCAUGGAGACCCCACAGCAAGAGCUCGAACCUGUUACAGAUGCAAUUGCCUUUAGAAGAUUGCUGAAGACUCCAAAGGAAGCAGGAAAAGCUGUGGCAGGUGUUACUUUAACUGAGAAAACUCCAAAACUGAAAUAUGAACCGGUAGAAGACAUGAUUGGGGUCAGCCGUCUUUUCAAGACACCAAAGGAAAAAGUGGAACCCGUAGAAGAUGUGUUUGGUAUCAGCAGACUAGUGAAGACGCCGAGGGAGAAGAGUCAACCAGUUGAUGAUUUUGUGGGUCUGCAAAGGCUUAUGGCAGAACCCAGGCAGAAAAGUUCCAAUUUUGAAGUGGACUAUGUUGGAGUUACGGAAAUGUUUGAUACACCAAAGGAAAUGAAGGUCAAAUCACUAAAUGUUAUGGAUUCUAAGGAAGAAGAUACUGCACCUCCUUGUACUAAUUCCAGUCAUCAGAAUGAAGACAAAGGAAAUAUUUCACAAGGUGAAGCUUCUCAACAGAAGGAAUCAACUAGUGAAGAGCAGCCUACCCAGAGACCAAGGGUCAGACCAAGGAAGACGGUACCUCCCGCUUCAGCAAGACAGCGUGAAAAGGAUUUGAAUGUAAAAGAAUUGCAAGGGCUGGAAAAAAACACCACCCAAGAGGAGACAGAAGAGACCAGCACUUCAGCUUCAGCACCUAAAACCAAAGGAAGAGGAAGGAGAGCAAAGCAUUGUAUACAGGAAGAAAUUGGUUCAGCGCCCCCUAAGCAGGAAAAAGUUGAAACUGUUUCAUUUGCGGAACCACAUGGAAUUGCUCCAAGACCAGCAAGAAGUAGAAGGAAAGAGCCAAAGGAGUUAAAAGCUUCAAGUGAGAAUCUUGAGUCUAGUGGAAAAAAUUCUUCAGUGCUACGAAAUGAACCUGCAAAUACGAAACAGAUUUUGCAGGAAUAUGGCAUCAGUGACAUAGUAGAAACUGAAGGUGCUCCAACCGUAAACACAAUAAGUGUGUCUGGUAGCGCUCAGCAUGAAAGUGUUCAACUGCAAACAGGUUUAAAAAAAGCUGAAAAUGAAUCUAAUGAAGGUGAUGGAGAAAACAGUGAGGAGAUAUUUCUGUCACCUGGGAAGAGGUCUAGAGGAGUGAAAAAAGUAGAAAACACAGACCCACUGAUUCCACCUGAAAGAGGAAGAAGAGCUAAAAAUGACCAAGUCAAACAAGCUGCUUCAGAGGACAUUCGUGGGACAAGGAGGCUUCGAAAAGAACCACCAGCAAAGGUGGUACAGAAAGACAAACAGACUUUUGACAAAGAUGCUGAGACUGCCACAGCAGAAGCCGAAAACAGAGCUGAACUUGAAAUAAAGACAACAGAGAAAAGAGUGAUGUCUUUAAGAAGUGUUAGAAAACACUCAGCUGAAGCAAAAGCAGACGUUUGUGAAACGGCACUUGAAAAUACACAAACCAUUCAGAAAACUCAGGAAACUUCAGCUAAAACUGAUAGUGAAACACAAUCACACCUCAAAAAUGAGAUUGAAGUGUCUCAGGAAGAUGAAGGAGCAAAUGCUCAGGAAAAUAUAACAGAAACAUCUCAAAGAUUAAAGGCAGAGUCACCUUGUGGAGGGACAAAGCAAAUGCUGGUGACUGCUCUGAACUUGGAAGCAAACCGUAGUGCAGUAGGAGAAACAAACAGAACAAGAAACAGGAGAGGCAAAAAUGACUCGUUGGAGAAAAAGACUGUAAACAGCCUAGAAAUUAUUACUCCCAAAUUUAAGUCGGAAACAGAAGUGGAUGAAUCUUCCCUCAAAGAUUCUUUGGGCUCCGCUUGUGUCAAGAAUCCAGAAGAAGUCACGAAGGACCAGGGUGACCCAGCUGGCACAUCAAUACCUGCUGCAAACAGUGACAGUCUUGCUCGUGGCCAUCAAAAGCGGACAAGAAAUGGACAGAGAAUACUUAAAACAAACCAAACUGAAAUCUUGCAGGAGAAUCAAGCAGAAAAUCACAGAGUGGCUUGUAGAAGAGGUAGAGGUAGAAAAGUUCAGUUUGUACUUGAAGAAGCCAGUUCUAAAACAGUUGGAGAUAAAAGUUCACCUGAGGAUGACAAAGGAAUGACUUACAAAGAUGGUCAACAUCAGACUUCAGAAAAUCCUUCUUCACAAGUAAGGAGGAGCAGAAGGAAACAAGCUGAUUCCACGCCACCAAUAGCUUGUCCUACUUUUAUGGAAAAUCAAACAUCAAUUGCAGAUCACAGUCAAGAUAAGGCUUUUGUAAAGGAGCAAGAUUCAGCUUUGGGAGCUGCUCCCUCUUCAACAGAAGAGCAGCCCCUGAGACGAGGGAAGAGACGAGAGGUUGCUGCAGCACCAACGUCAACAUCUCUUCCUAUCAGCAAAAGACGUGGGUUGCUAGAAGGCAAUGAUAAAAAGAUGACUGUGAGGGAAGAUCAAAAUCCAGCUUUGGGAAACCAGACUUCACAGGCAAAAGCAAAUGCACCAGCAAGGGGCAGAAGGAAAAAGAUUGAUCCAGUGGCAGAGGUAAAAAAUCCAUCUCCUCUCCAGGGACAGUGUGGCUCUUCAGAAACUGGUGAUAAAGAGCAACCUACUAAUGAAGAACAAAAUGUGCCUUUGGAAACAGUGUCCUGUGCAAAAGAGAAGCCAUUAGGAAGGGGCAGAAGGAAAGGAACUGCGCCUGCAUCACACACAACUAAUUACGUUUCUCUUAGAGGAAAACGCAGUUUACCAGCAGAUAAUGGUAGAGAAGAGACUCCUAAAGAAGAUCAAAAUGUCCCGUUAGAAACUUCUGAUUCAUCUGUAAAAGAAAAUCAAUCCAGAAAAGGCAGAAGGAAAGAUGAUGUCAUCUUGUUAGAAGCCACAAGUUCUAUGCAGGUAAAACAGGGCUUAUCAAAAGCAAGUGGGAGAAAGAGUAAUAGGGAAGCAAAAAAGCUCAAUUUGGAAAAUUCUGCUUCCCAAGAAGAGAUGAAUCUUUCAAAGGGGAACUCCAGGCAAACAACCACUUCAGUGGCUGAUAGUUCCAUCUCACUUCAGGGUUUGCCAGAAGGCGGUAAGAAUGAAACUCCUGAAGAAGCACAGAAUGUGCUUCUGGAAGCAGCUCCAUCCGCAAAAGAAUAUCCAUUGAGAGUGGGCAGAAAGAAAGCCAUUUCCUCCAAAUCUGAGGAAACAAGUUCCGCUUUUCUCAGGGAAAAACCUGCCUUGCCCCAAGGUAGACGUCAAAAGAGGAUUCUUAAAGAAAGCGAAGAUACGUCUCUAGAAAACAAUUCAGCCCAGGAAAAAACAAGACAACUGAGGAAUAAAAGGAAAAAGGUAGAAUUCCAAGCAGAGGCAGCUACUUCAACUUCUAUCCAUAAAAACAGUGACUUGCCAGAAAAUGAUGGUGCUUCGGAAACUCAGAAUGUGUGUUUGACAUCCACUGGUUCUGAAAAAGAUCUUCAGCCUGGCAAAGGGACAAAAGGGAUCAGCCCUGGCCAAGCAGCAGCCGCCACCUCUCGCAGGAGGAAACUUCCCUUCCCAGCAGAUGACUUGGCAUCCAAAAAACCCAAAUCAGAGAAUGAUGCAAACGGAGCACUGCAGAAAGGGAGAAGAAACCAAACCAGAGAAGAACCCAGCGAAGAGGCCGCGAAGGCUGCUCGGGCUGCUGGAGGGACGGACAGGAGGACAAGAUCGAGCGCAAGAACAAGAAAAUAGUCUGAACAGUCACAGAAGCAGCUUUGAAAUCAAUUUGGCGAUUGAAAUUGUAGAUUUUUUUUAAUGUGAAUUGAUUUGCACUCAGAUGUUAAGCUCCGAUUUUGUAAAGCUAUCGCUGAAUUAUGAUAUUAUAAAAAAUACCUUUUCCUUGUUUACAGCUACGGCGUAGAGACCUGUUUUAGCAGAUGUGUCUGUGUGUAGUGGUUCCUAAACCAUGGGUGCUUGUGCCAAUCUGCAAACAAAGAUGAUUCUUUUUGUACUUGUGUUUAUCCCCUUUUCCUGUUGCUCAGCAGUCAGGAAGCCAUCGUGCGUUACUACCAGUUGAAUUCUAAGCUAUUUUCUGCUUGAACUUUCAUGCGCUUAAGUCUUAUCUUUCAUUACAGUUCUGUAAAUAUUCUUUAAAAAGCUAUAGAUGUAUGAGCAGAACUAUUAUGCUGAAAUUUUGAUAACUUUUUAAAAAAAACUUAAGUUUGUUUUACUGAAAAGUGCGGAUUUGUAAGUCAUUAAAUUUUUAAACAAUU